AGUUCGCGAAAAUCUGUCACAGAAUUCUGAAGAAAAUUUUAUUUUUCAUGGCACUGGGUCGAUCUGCGGGAUUCGAACAUGACACCAACUGGCCGGAAAAUACCGAGUGUCUUACUCUUGACUUCGGUCCGUCUGAAACUGUCCAUAAAUGGAAACAGAUGCCGGAAUGUGCGGAAUUCGUCGGGGCAAGGAGAAGCAAGCAUACAGUUGUAGCAUACAAGGAGGCUAUUUAUGUGUUCGGAGGAGAUAACGGUAAAACCAUGUUGAAUGACCUGCUGAGAUUCGAUGUGAAAGACAAAUCAUGGGGAAGAGCUUUCACCACGGGAGCGCCCCCAGCUCCAAGAUACCACCACUCUGCCGUUGUUCACGAGGGAAGCAUGUUUGUGUUUGGAGGCUACACGGGUGAUAUCCACUCCAACUCGAACCUGACCAACAAGAAUGAUCUGUACGAGUACAAGUUUGCCACGGGCCAGUGGGUACAGUGGAGGUUUGAAGGAAGACGUCCUGUUGCACGUGCCGCACAUGGAGCUGCUGUGUACAACUACAAGCUGUGGAUAUUUGCUGGGUAUGAUGGCAACGCCCGACUUAAUGAUAUGUGGACAAUCCCGUUGACGGGCAACAUGGAUGUCAGAAGUUGGGAAGAGGUUCAACAGAAGGGGGACAUCCCACCUACAUGUUGUAACUUCGCACUGGCUGUUGCCCGUGACGCCAUGUUUGUGUUCUCCGGGCAGAGCGGUGCCAAGAUCACCAACAAUCUCUACCAGUUCUCUUUCAAAGAAGACAUUUGGACUCGGAUUUCUACAGAGCACAUUCUGCGAGGGUCUCCUCCACCACCGGAGAAGCGUUACGGACACACUAUGGUGGCAUUUGACCGACACCUUUACGUGUUUGGUGGAGCCACUGGACAAACACUACCUCACGAUCUGCAUUGUUUUGAUUUAGAUUCACAGACCUGGUCUAUCACAGAACCAUCACCCGAGAGCAUGGUUCCAGCUGGUCGUUUAUUCCAUGCUUCGGCUGUGGUGACAGACGCUAUGUACGUGUUUGGUGGAACGGUCGAUAACAACGUCCGCAGCGGUGAGAUGUAUCGAUUCCAGUUCUCAUGCUACCCAAAAUGCACCCUGCACGAUGAUUUCGGGAAACUUCUUGAAAGCAAACAGUUCUGUGACGUCUUCUUCAUUGUUGGAAAGGACAAAGAGAGGAUCCCCGCGCACAUUGCCAUAGUCGCUGCUCGGUCACCUUGGUUACAACAGAAGAUUCGUCAAGCAAUAACACUGCUAGAGCAGCAGGAGGAGGCUGACCAGGAUGUUGAAGGAGGUGUGGGUGAGGGUGGGGUAAGACCCCUUGGGCCAGUCUCUGUAGAGAUAGAGGACGCAGAGCCCCAUGCGUUCCAGCUUGUCCUCGCAUACAUCUAUACAGACCGUAUUCAUCCACAUAGCUCAGAGUCGGGACACAGACUGGAUGGGAAUCAGGUCACGUCUCUUAUGAUGGAUGUGUACAGGCUGGCAUUGAAGCUGCACAUGUUGAGGUUGGAGCAGUUGUGUGUUCAGUAUCUGGAGGCCUGCAUCAGCACCAGUAAUGUCCUCGUAGCUCUGCAGAAUGCCGCCAGGCUCCAGCUAGACUUCCUCAAGGAAUUUUGCCUGAAGUUUAUAGUGAAAGAAAACAACUACAGCGUGAUCAUCAUGACGCGAGAGUUUGAGAGCCUGGAGCAGACGCUUAUGGUGGAGAUUAUACGUCGUAAGGCCCAGCAGCCCCAUGUACGACCCCUCCAGGACCACCAUUAUGACACCUCUGUCACUAACUCCCUGGAGAAGGAUAUGGAGAAUUUCUUAAAGCAAUCGGGUCGGGAAUACUGCGACAUCACACUCGUCCUGGACGGGACGCCCAUCCAUGCCCACAAGGCAAUCCUUUCUGCACGAUGUACUUACUUUGAGUCGAUGUUCCGGUCCUUCAUGCCGCCAACAAAUACCGUCACAAUAGCAAUAGGCGAAAUGGUGCCGUCACGGCAGGCCUUUGACAGUCUAUUACGCUACAUAUACUACGGAGACAUCACCAUGCCCCCUGAGGACUCGCUGUAUCUGUUUCCUGCUCCGUUUUUCUAUGGGUUCACUAACAACAGACUUCAGGCUUACUGUAAGCAUAAUCUGGAGAUGAACGUCACGUGUCAGAAUGUUGUACAGAUUCUCGAGGCUGCAGACCGGAUACAGGCUACUGACAUGAAGAAACACGCCCUCAGAAUAAUCGUUCACCACUUUCCUAAGGUUGCGAAGCUACCUCAAGUGAGAAGACUAAGUCGCGAGCUGCUAUUGGACAUUAUAGAUGCUGUCGCUGAAGAUAUGCCCGAAACACGUCUUGCGCAGGACAUGUCGGCGUGCUUUCUCACGGAUUCCAGCUACUCCUGACUAACUUCCGGGGAUGACAGUAUUUAAAGUUGGACAGGGUCAACUAUUAAAACAGAGGAUUGGCCUUAAACCAAUCAGGACACUUUGGCCAUCUCCACAAUACGAGGAGCAUCUGAUGUCUGCCGUCAUAUUACAAAAAGUAGUUCCAAAAAUUAAUAAUGAUUUCAUGAAUUGAUUGUAGUGUUUUAACGUGUGUAUUUUUUCAAGUCUCAAUUGACUCCCAGUGAAGUGUACUAUUGCAUAAAUCAUUAAGAGUAAAUUCCUUAGGCUUAACUGCAAUAUUGAAAUUUCUAAGGGAUCUACUUGCAGGGUAGUUAAAUGUCAAGAGUUCUGACAUUGUAAACUGUCCAUAAACAUCCAAGGAUGUUUUCAAAGGAAAAUGGCCGAGGUUCCCAAACUGCCAUUAAAAUUGUCUGUGUCAUGAAUGUCAUCUCAUUUCUGUCUUUAAGUGGGACAGUCUGUUUCAGUUAGCUAACAGCUGAUCUGAACAAUGCCAAUAAAACAAUAUGAGUUCAAUAUUCAUUCAGAUUUGACUUUGUUGGUUUUUCAGCAAUAAAGCUUACAGGGACUAGACACAAAAAAAAUAAUUGUCAAAAACAUAAUUGUCAAAAACUUUAAUAGAUUGAUAUCGUUAUGUCAUUGCAUUGAAUCUUACUUACUGAUGUAUCACAUUGCUUACAACAUGUAUCUAUGGCAGUUUUGGGGUAUUUUUCCAACAAAAUUUACUGGGGUUGUCCACCACAUAAUUCCUAGUAAAUUUAAAACUAGUAUUGGUAUAUGUAUCUUGUACUAAUGACGUGACCUUCACAUGUAUGCUAAAUAUACGAACUAUAAACUGUGCUAUUUUUAGACGGGUAAACUCAGCUGUGACAGCAACAAAAUAUUCUUUUAAUCAGGUAAAUUAUUGUAUUAUCAGCCUCAUACAAGCUCGUAUUGAUAAUUCUAGGCUUGUUUUAAUACUGUAAAUGCUGAUUUGUGGACAAUCUGGUGUCUGGUCCCUUUAAUUCUUAACAUAAGGGAACCUGUACCCAUGUUCAUAUGUAUGGCUAUCCAUCAUUUGUUCAGCCUUAUGAUUAAGCAAAUCUAAAUCCUGGUUUUCUUUGCAUUGCUCUGUGUAAACAUUUGAAUGCAUAUCAUGUGGUUUUCAUAUGUUUAAUUACAGCAGUGUGGCUAACAUAUAGUUACAGCAGUGUGGCUUUCAUAUGUUCAGUUACAGCAGUGUAGCUUUCAUAUGUUCAGUUACAGCAGUGUAGCUUUCAUAUGUUUAAUUACAGCAGUGUGGCUUUCAUAUGUUCAGUUACAGCAGUGUGGCUUUCAUAUGUUCAGUUACAGCAGUGUGGCUUUCAUAUGUUCAGUUACAGCAGUGUGGCUUUCAUAUGUUCAGUUACAGCAGUGUGGCUUUCAUAUGUUCAGUUACAGCAGUGUGUCUUUCAUAUGUUCAGUUACUGAAUAGUGGCUUUCAUAUGUUUAGUUACAGCAGUGUGGCUUUCAUAUGUUCAGUUACAGCAGUGUGGCUUUCAUAUGUUCAGUUACAGCAGUGUGGCUUUCAUAUGUCCAGUUACAGCAGUGUGGCUUUCAUAUGUUUAGUCACAACAGGUUUCUCUUACUUAGUGAAAAAGCAGGCUCUUUUACCUGGUAAAAGAGUAGUGCUGUCUAUCAUGGUGAAAGAGCAGGGUUCUCUUACUUGGUGAAAGAGCAGGUUCUCUUGCUUGGUGAAAGAGCAGGUUCUCUUACUGGGUGAAAGAGCAGGUUCUCUUAUUUGGUGAAAGAGCAGGUUCUCUUACUUGGUGAAAGAGCAGGUUCUCUUGCUUGGUGGAAAAGCAGGUUCUCUUACUUGGUGAAAGAGCAGGUUCUCUUGCUUGGUGAAAGAACAGGUUCUCUUGCUGGGUGAAAGAGUAGGUUCUCUUGCUGGGUGAAAGGGCAGGUUCUCUUGCUGGGUGAAAGAGCAGGUUCUCUUACUGGAUGAAAGAGCAGGUUCCCUUACUGGGUGAAAGAGCAGGUUCUCUUAUUUGGUGAAAAAGCAGGGUCCUCUUUCUGGGUGAAAGAGCAUGCUCUCUUACUUGGUGAAAGAGCAGGGCUCUCUUACUUGGUGAAAGAGCAGAGCUCUCUUUAUUUAGAAAAAGAGCAGGGUUGUCUUACUUGGUGUCAAAAAAAAGCAGGGUUCUCUUACUUGGUGAGAGAGCAGGGCUUUCUUUAUUAAGAAAAAGAGCAGGGCUGUCUUACUUGGUAAACGAGCAGGGCUCUCUUUAUUUGGAAAAGAGGAGGGCCAUCUUACUUGGUGAAAGAGAAGGACUGUCUUCAUUGGUGAAUGAAUGAGCACUCUUACUUGGCUAAUGAGCUGAUCUCUCUUACUUAGCAAGAUUGCAGGGCUGUUUUACUCGGUGUAAGAGCAGGGAUCUCUUACUCGGCAAAUAAGCAGUGCUCUCUUACUUGGUGAAGAACAGAGUUCUUUUACUUGUAUAAUGUAUCAUUCAUUUGUAAAUUUCACAAGUUUUGUCAUAAUACAAUCAUGUUUGUUUUUGUUGUAUUCUUUUUUGAUGAAGGUUACAUUCUAGUGCUGGUCAUUAGUUAGCUUAUAUUGUUCUAAAGCAAAUCUAUUGUAAAUUGUGUAAUUCGUCUUGAUAAUCCUAUGGACCAUAGGUUUAUAGGUCUGUGAUAAUCCUUUGGAAAUUGUACCAAUUUGAAACUACCACUACAUUUCCAGGUAGUUGAAAAUAAUGUUAUAGAAAUUAUUUAUAAGCUGUUAGAGGAAAUACUUAAACAAUAUCAAGAUUGAAAUUGUAUGCAUUCAGUCAAAGCGAUUUUUAUGAUGUGCCAAAUAUUUGCGGUUAAUCGUUUUGUAAAUAAAAUGUUAUAUUAUGUAUUUUGCGAUGAAAUUCUAGCAAAAUAAAAUGUA